AAAGUACCAAGUGUGCAGAAUAGUGAGAGGAUUGCGGCCGAAGUCCGGGGAUCUUUAUCGUCAAGGUUCGUCGUUUGAGACAACAAACGCAUUUUGCCCGACAUUUGCCCCACCUACUCUGCCAGAAUUGUAGGGGUGGAGUCUAAAUAUGGAAAUAACCCACGUUGCCAGGCAAGGAGGUUUUUUUUAAUUAUUAUGCUUCUCGGCUUCAUGCACUGCCCGGUUAAACAAUAACUAGUGGAAAUUAUGCCUCUCGCAGAAUGAAUCCACUGCCUACUUCCCAGAGCGUCGUUUUAACGGGAUAUUAUUUAAACGAUGAGACAACUGACGGUGUUGCGACCAGUACAAAGGAGGAGGCAGAUCUUUCUUUACUGGGCAGAAGAUGUGGGCAGUAUAGCAUGAACCAAAUGCAUUCCAAGAACAAUAUGGAGAAGCCUCAUUAUGAACGGUCCUUCUCCCAGGAUUCUCUGGAUGAACUUUCCAUGGAUGACUACUGGAGUGAAGUAGAACACAUCCAGAAAACCAAGGAUAAUGCCCAUGAAGAGCAAGAAGAAGUGUCUGUCAAAGUGCCUGAUGAAGGGGAGGUGGAAGCGGAGUGGCUGAAGGAUGCUGGCCUUUCAGGUUUGGUCAAUGGAGACGCCCAUGAGAGCAUAACGUUACUGUCCACCUUGACCCGUACCCAGGCAGAGGCUGUUCAGAGAAGAGUAGAAACAUUUACAAAGACAAUGAGGAAAAAAAAUAAGCAACCAAUCCCUGAUGUCAGGGACAUCUUUAGUCAACAGGUUUCCAGAACAGGCGAAGCUUCAGCUGUUACAGCUGAUGAAAGUGAAUUGAAUGAUGCCACUGAGAUACUUGAAGAUCAACUGAUUAGCCUGAAAACAAAGGAUGCAGGCACUCAACACACAGCCGAUAUAAAUCUAGAAAUAUCAUACUCUGAACAGGCUGCAAAUAUGAAGGAAAAAUUAAACACCAUACAGCUCAAGGGCGAGGAUGAUGGAUCCCUACCUAACUAUCAGCUCCCAAAGGAUAAAACAGGAACAACAAAAGCGGGAGCCCUUGCACCUCAAGACAUGAAGAAAGUGCGCUCAUUGGCUCUGAUCGAAAUGGCUGCACUUUUUGACACACUUGGUAUAGAUUUCAAACAUCAUAAAGCAAUAAAAGUUAAAAUUAAAGAAACUGGAUUGUUUGGUGUUCCACUUUCAUUACUAUUGGAACAGGACCACAAAAAAAUACCUGGAACCAAGGUUCCACUUAUAAUUCAGAAACUCAUUUCCCACAUCGAGGAAGAAGGGUUAAACACAGAAGGAAUUCUACGAAUCCCUGGACUUGCAAUGAGAAUUAAGAGUCUAUGUGAGGAGCUAGAAGCAAAGUUCUACGAAGGAACCUUGAAUUGGGAAAAUGUUCGUCAACAUGAUGCCGCAAGUAUACUGAAGCUGUUUGUAAGAGAACUGCCACAUCCUCUUGUCACUCUUGAGUACCUCGAUGCAUUCCUAGCUGUACAAAAUCUAACAAGCAGAAAACUUCAACUGCAAGCUCUCAAUUUGCUGGUGCUUCUCCUCCCAGAUCAGAAUAGGGACACACUGAAGGCAUUGCUUGAAUUUCUUCGGAGAUUAAUUGACAACAGGGAAAGCAACAAAAUGACCCUAAACAACGUUUCUGUUGUCAUGGCACCCAACCUGUUUAUGUUUAAAGGAUAUUGCUCAAAGUCAAGUGCAAAGACACAGUUUGCAAUGGCAAGUGGGACAAGCAACAUAAUGCGUUACCUGAUUAAAUACCAAGACCUACUUUGGACGGUCCCAAAAUUCAUUAUGAAUCAAGUUCGGCAACAAAACAUUGAAAGUCGUAAAAAGCUGUCUAAGGAAAAAGCUAUGAAAAAGUUGCUGAAAAAGAUGUCACACGAUAAAGAUAAGCAUGACCGGAAUCACACUGAAAGGAAACAAACAGAUCCAGUCACACUUCAGGGUGCAAUACGGGUUCAGGCACCAUCACUUUCCAAAGUUUCCAUGGCGAUUCAACUUACAGAAGAGCUGAAAGCUAGUGAUAUUUUGGCACGUUUCCAACAGUGUCUUGGCAAGACCAGGAUACCUGAAUCUUCCAGUAAAGAGGAAGUUUGCUUAUAUGAAAUUGGGGGAAAUAUUGGUGAACGUUGCCUGGAUGAUGACACGUAUAUGAAAGACCUAUACCAACUUAAUCCUAAAGCAGAAUGGGUUAUAAAGCCUCGGUGCCAAUGACAUUGUUUCAACAACAGAUGGGCAACAUGAUUAUGUUAAACCAGGCAUUAAUGGUUCUGUACAGCAAAGAGGUUCUGUACAGCAGGCUCGGAGGGCCAAAUGGCCUCCUCCUGCACCUAUUUUCUAUGAAAUACAAUGUCAAUCUGUCUGACCUGUCCAUGUACGUGAAUCUUGAUAUAUGCAGAAGGGCAAGAGAACCAACAUUGCUAUGACGAUUCAAAUUCAAGAGUUAUUUUCCCUUUGAAAAGGGGAUAAAUAUUGAAAAAUCAACUGCAUGCAUCAAGAUGCAUCAAGAUGCUUAAAAUAUUUAUGCAAUAUGUAAAUUUCAUGUAUUAGAAAUAAACAUGUUUUGAUAUAGGUGGUCAUUAAAAAAAAAAAUCCUUUUAGCAGACCAGAGAUUUGACGGGACAUAAACCAUUAAGAGCAAAACUUAGCAAUCCAGUAAGAACAUAUGCAGCAGAACAACAUAUGGAAUCAAUUUAUUUUUAGAUUUUAAAGAACUGACUGGAAAAUUAUUUACACGAUGUAUCACAAAUUAAGAAAAAUUAACCAAAAAUCACACACAUGGAGAUUCCUAAAAUGAAAGCAAGGUAGAAUUUAUUGUAAGUUUAAGGCCGCAUCACAAUGGUUCAUAUAGGUUAUGGAUAUCAGUUGUGCCAACAAUGACACCAGGAGAGGCACUGUUGGUCUGGUUGUGUGAAUGCAAAGCUGGAUAAGUGACUUAUUUGCAGAAACAAGUAAUUUGGUGUCCACAGCUAUCAGAGCCUCUAUAGUCUACUCCAAAAAUUGCAUUAUACCCACUUCUGUUAUCAUCCGAGUUGAAGCAUUCGUCCAAUACAGGGUAGUUUAUUAUAGAAGCAUAUAAAAUGGAGCAGGAGUAAGUUAAUCAACUUUUUAUUCCUGCUGUCAAUCAACAAGAUUGGGGCUGAUCUUCUACCUCAACCACUAUUUUCCUGCCCUAUUCCCAAAUCCCUUGAUUCCAACACAUAAAUCAACCCAUCUCUGUUUUGAACACAAUCAAUGACAGGGGCUCCACAGACUUCUGGGUAGAUAAUUCCAAAGAUUCAUCACUCUCUGCAAACCCAUUUCUUCUUAUUUCAGUCCCAUGCAUUAUGUUGAGACUGUGACUUGUAGCUCUAGCCCCUUUCUCCUUAUAUCUACAUCAAGCACUCUUAGAAUUUUAAUUUUAUCUUGAUUAAGAUGUCAAAGAAAUAUAAUAAAAAAUGUUGUGCUCAUCUGCAAUUGUAAAUUUUCAGGUAGUAAUCUGACAAGACUUAAUUCUUUGAUGAAUCAUUCACAGCAAAUUCAAAAUGGAAUAGAUGGUUUAGAAAAGUUUAGCAGACAUUAAAUAUGAAACAUCUCAAUAGAUUUGUUGAUAUAGUGUCCUAGGCUGAAAUAUUCAUAUGGCAUUUACUACAUCCUUUUCGUUUAAUCUCAAAACUUCAAGGAUAUUUGUGACAAAACUAUAUGCAGGCUCUUAAGAGGCUGCAUACUGCUUAUUUCAAAAUGUAUUGUUUUAAAAAGAAGACUUGAAUGUGUAAUUUAGACCACUUGUACUAGGUUGGCUCAUGUUAAAUACAUUCAAUAUUUAAUUGCUAUUUAAUAUUAGAAUGUCUAUUCUGUUUUAAUGUUUCCAUCAGUUUUUAAACUGUACAGUCACAUUUUCUAGUCUUGUAAAUAAAAAAAUGUAUAUAUU